AUGAAUAAAUCAAAAAGUCCUAAUUAAAGAGAUGUUCCAAAUGAUAAUAGUAAAGUUAGAAUUGCAGUUCGAGUUAGGCCCACUUUAAAUAGUGAAAGCGAAGAAGACUUUGUAUAGUUGAUUGAUGACAAUACAAUAAAAGUGACUAGAAUUGGGAAUACUCUUAGAAUGAAAUUCAGUGACAUACUUCCUAAAACAGCUAAUCAACAAGAUGUAUAAAGAUUAGUUUCUGAAUCUAUAAAAUCGUUCUUAUAAGGAAUAAAUAAUACGAUUUUUGCUUAUGGAUAAACAGGAGCUGGUAAAACUUAUACGAUAAUGGGUGGAUUGCCUGAAAAUGUAGCUAAUGUUUCCACUGAGAAAUUUCAUUAAGUUAUUAGAUGCAAUGAAAGAGGAAUUCUACCAAGAGCAGUUCAAUCAAUCAUUUCUCAAUUAUAAACUUAGAUAGAAGAUGAUUAAUGUAGACUUUACUUAUCUUUCUAUGAAAUUUACAAUGAAAAAGUAUAUAGAUAAAAUAACUUAAUAGAUUUUUGAUCUUUUCAAUCUAAAAUCUCAAGGAUUAGAUAUUCGCGAAAAUAAAAAUGGUGAUGUAAACAUUCCAGAUCUAUCCCAAAUUAGAAUUAUGGAUAUAGAUACUGCUUAUGAAUAUCUUAUUUUAGGAUUACGAAAUAGAGUUGUUGGAUGCAGUCAUGCAAAUUCAAAGAGUUCAAGAUCUCAUUGUUGUUUUUAGAUGACACUUCAAUAAGUUACAGUUAUUAAUGGAGAACCUGUAUUAUAAGAGUCUUCUCUUAAAAUUGUUGAUUUAGCUGGAUCAGAGAAAUUUAAAAUUCCAACUGAUUUGACUCCUGAAGAAAAAGAACUCCACAUUUAAGAAUUGACUUCAAUCAAUGGUAGUCUAUCUUGUUUAGGACAUUGCAUAUCUGCUCUAAUUGAUAGAAAUAGAACACAUAUACCAUUUAGAAAUUCUAAAUUGACUAGAGUUCUAAGUGAUUCAUUAAGUGGUAGUGGCAAAAUCUUAUUUAUUGUUUGUGUUUCACCUUCUAUAUCUUCAAGUGCUGAGACUUUCUCUACAUUAUAAUUUGCUAAUAGAGCUAAGAGAGCUGUAUUAGAUGGUAGAAAUAUCUAAUAGCCAAAAACAAAUAAACCAAAAGGUGUAUCAAUGGAGGAGUAUUAAGAAUUAUUAAAACAAUAUUAAAAGGAGAAAUAAAUGAGGGAGGAACUUGAAAGUAUUGUUCAAAAGAGAAAUCAAGGAGAAUUAUUAUAAUAGAUAUCAAAAUUAAAAUAAUAAAAUUAAGAACUUUAAGAGUAACUUUAUUAAAUACAAUAAUAAUAAUAAUAAUAAUAAUAAUAAUAAUAAUCUAUAAAUAUCCAUUCAUAAUAAUAAUAUUCUCCUUUAUUUUCAGAUAAUAAAAAAUCUAUUGCUAUUAAUUCAAAUGACAAAAAAGUUAGAUUUGCUGAUGAUUUUUUAACUGUUCAUAUUAAUAAUAUGGAUAGAGAAGAAAGUUAAGUUUUUGAAAAUCUUGCUAUAUUUUAAGAAUUAAAAUAAUUAGAAAAUAAAGAUAAAAAAAAAAUAAUUGUAUUUUAUUUAUAAUUUAUAAAUAGAAUUUUGAAGAAAAAUUUAAAAGCUAUUUUGGAUAAUCAGAAUAUUAAACUAAUGAUUUAGCUUAAUUUAAUACAGGAAAAUAAUUUGGUAAUUAAUAAUUUAAACAUUAUAGAUUCUAUCAUCAGAAAAGUGAAUGAUAAAUAAAAUAAUAUUUCAAAUAUAGUUUAAGAUCUUAAAAAAGAAAUGUCUAAGGCUGUGAAUUAAUUAGAAUAGUUAUAAAGUAUUAAUUAUUUUAUUAUAAUAGAGGAAGACAGGGAACUGAAGAGUACUGACUCAUGUAAAGAAAAGUAAGUUUAUUUGUGUUAUUUUUAGUUUCAUUUAAUACUGA